AUGGCCGAUGACCGAGAGAAAAUCGUGCAAAAACCAUCGACCCAAAACGGCCCGGCCCACGACGACGGCCAUGACCUCCGGCGCCAAUCGACCGGUGCUCGGACCAUCUGGGCCUCGGAGUCGCUCUCCAUGCCCCGGGAGGCCUUCUUCGUCUUUGUGAUUUGCAUGGCGCAGUUUUGUACUCAAGCUGCAUUCAUGGGCACGCUGGUCCUCUUGCGCAUAAUCGGGCAAACCUUCAACGUCACCAGCCCGCCGCAUCUCGCAUGGCUCGUCGCCGGCUAUUCUUUGACUGUCGGCACCUUCAUCAUGUUCUCGGGCCGGCUCGGCGAUGUCUUUGGGUACAAGCGCAUGCUGAUUGUCGGCUUCUGCUGGUUUUCUCUGUGGUCUCUCGUCGCCGGCCUGAGUGUCUUUUCCAGCUUCAAGCUCGCCGUCUUCGCUCGCGUCAUCCAGGGUAUUGGGCCCGCCAUCUGCCUCCCGAAUGCCCUCGCCAUCCUCGGCACUGCCUACCCCCCGGGCCACCGCAAGGCCAUGGUGUUUGCCUUUUUUGGCGCAGUCGCCCCCAUCGGCGGCGUCUGUGGCGGUCUGUUUGCUUCGCUGCUCACGCUGGCGUGGUGGCCCAUUGCCAUCCCGCAGUUGCCACGAAAGACGGUCCCGACUCAGGGGUGCAAGGCUUGGGUGCGAGUCCUGGACCUGCCCGGUGCUUUCGUCGGCGUUGUCGCCCUCAUUCUCUUCAACUUUGCCUGGACCCAAGCUCCCAUCGACGGCUGGGCCACUGCGACGGUCCUCGUUCCCCUGAUCCUCGGCAUGCUUCUCUUCGCCGCCUUCAUCUUCAUCGAAGCCAGACUCAGCCCGAUGCCCCUGCUGCCGUUUGAUGCCGUCAACGCCGAGGUCGCCUUCGUUUUGGCCGCCGUCGUCUGCGGGUGGGCCACCUUUGGCAUCUGGACCCUCUAUCUGGUCCAGAUCAUGCAGGACAUUCGACACCUCUCACCCCUGCUGACGACAGCUUGGUUUAGUCCCGUCACCGUCUCGGGCGCCGUGGCUGCCGUCGUGACCGGCAAGCUCCUCGGCCCUCUGCAGGUCAAGCCCGCAGCAGUCAUGACGCUUGCGCUUCUCGCUUUUACCGUCGGUGCCAUUCUGACUGCUUUCGCUCCGGCUGACCAGACGUACUGGGGGCAGAUAUUUGUGUCCAUUUGCGUUACUCCUUGGGGCAUGGACAUGAGUUUCCCUGCCGCCACCCUCAUCGUCUCAAACGCCGUGCCAAAGGAGCACCAAGGCAUCGGAGCAAGCUUGGUCAACACCGUCGUCAAUUAUGGCAUCGCUCUUGGCGUCGGAUUUGCCGGCACCGUCGAGUCGCAUGUUCACCGCGGCGGACUCACCAGCGCAGACAGGCUUGUGGGAUUUCAGGGGGCGCUUUACACGGGCGUUGGGCUUGCCGGCUUGGGUCUCGUCGUGUCCCUCGUCUUUCUCUGCAGAGAGACCUUGAUAUCGAGGAGAGGACAUGAUGGUGCCUAA